CUGCCAUGUGCCAGCCCGUAUAGAUACUAGAUUCCCGUAUAGACUCUACUCCUCGUUACUGCUUUAUUCCCAGCCGCCCCCCACAUACACAGGUCAGCCAGCCACCGCCGCCCGCCUGCCCCCCGCCAGCAUCACCACACAGCAUACAGAUACUCCCACCACUCUAAGGAUGGCCGCCUCACUCCCGCAAGACGCGCCAAAUCCCAACGCCCCCACUUUCCGCCCCUCCCCCACCAGAGCCAUCACACUCGGCGGCACGCCCUUCCAGUACAAGACCCGCGCCGCGUCCCAGCCUGCCGGCGAGAGGUUCCAGAUCCCCUUCUCCACCCCCAGCUCCGGACGGGGCUCGCCAGGGACGAAUGGGAAUCACAGUGGAAACGGCCACGGCAAUGCGAACGGAAAUACAAACGGGAACAGCUACGGCGUGAUUGGCGGAACACGGGCCGGAGGAAGGUUUGGAAACGCGCUCGCCAGCGGCGGUAUGGGAGCUGCCACGCGUGCAAGCAGCUUUUCUGCUGGAGAAAGGCAUGAGCCCAGGAACAUGUCGCUUGGCGGAACACUCGCAUCGCACACUGAAGAAUUCCUGCCCUCCCGCUCUCGGUCGACGUCUCCGUUCCCCACAUUCUCUCCCAACUCCACGCCAUCCACAUCUCCUGCCGCACUCCGCCAACACCCUCUGCCCCAUUCGCCUCCCAGAGCCACCAACAGUGUCUCGAGGUCACGCUCUCAGUCUCUCGCCACGGGUGUCCGGCCGUCCAAUGUUGAUCGCCCAUGGAUGGGUCCUCUGAGCAAGGCGGAUAUGGGAAACCUCGAUGCCUGGAAAUCGUCCGAACCUUCCAACAUGUCCCCCUUUACACGAGGACUGUCUUCUCUCGGUGGCGGCGGCAACACACUCCCCGAACACCCGCGCCGAUUCCAAGAUCCAACUUACACCUCGGCCAGAGCAGCUUGGGCUGAUACCCACUCGCAGUCGACUCAAUCCGCUUUGACAUCCAGCGUCGCCAAGGCUCUGGGCGGGUAUCCUCAUUCCGCCGGUUUGGGCUAUAACGAUCUCUCACCAGGGGCCGGAGGCGGCAAUCUGUCUGGCACUUCAAGUCGACGGCAUAGCGUAUCCGUAGUCGGUGGACCAGGCGGAAGAAGAGAGUUGGUAUUCGCGGAAGGAGGCGGGAUGACACCCCUUGGGUCUGCCGGUCUCGGUGGCUUCUCCCCCCGAGGAGGCUUGUUUGGAUUCGAAACCGAUCUCGGAAACGCUUUGAGUCUCGAUAUCGACCUUGGUCGCGAAGCCAAGAAACGAGAAGAAGCUUUCCAUCACGGUAGUUUGCCCAAGUUUGAAUUCGAGGGGAUGCCUGGAAGUCGAGGUGCUUGGGAUGAAGGUGCCUUCCCGUCGUUUGGGACACCGAGCAGGGGAAGGGUAGCGUUGCCUUCCGGUGGCAAUCAACCCCAGUCUCAGCAUUUUCAGAUUCAGCAAGAACAACGGGCGCCAUCGACUGAAGAAUCCAGACGGUUCCCUCAACCUUCCUUCGAUAUGCCUCCUCCCCCUUCCGCUAUCCGAAGAUCAAGUAUCCAAGCUGCCGGCCCCAGCCCCAUGUCACAAGGGCCACUCGGACCGGUCGGGACCGGUAUGCCCCGCAAUAUCCCUACCAUCUCCAACAUAUCCAUGGGUCCUGGACCUAUCGGAAGCCCACCAACCCACUCGAACCUUGGCAUGCCACCCAGUUUUGGCGGCCCCUUCAAUGGUGGCAACGCUCCCACAAGGCAGCCGUACCAGAAUACAGCCCCUGGUGGGAUGCAGCAAGGUUUCCGACCUCAAUAUGGUUACUUUUCGGGGCAACAGCAGCAGCAACAGCAGCAGCAGCAGCAGCAACCUCAGGUUAGGCCCGGGCAGAUGCCUCAGCAGUCUGGCGGAGGUUACAACAAGCCAAUGAACAUCCAGCCGCCUCCCAACCAGCCAUACACAUUCUCGCCAUCUUCCUCUCCUGCGUUUACCCAGCCUCCGCCUCCACUUUCUUCUCAGCCCGCACCCGCAACUCAUCCCCCAGCUUCCCCCUCCUUCUCGUCCUUAUCCCUUUCCGACCUCGGUAAGGGUCUCCCUCUCUCCUCACUCCCUCCCGCUACCCCGCUGUACAUCGUCACCUUUAAAGCCGGCCGUCGCGAUGUCUACUACUGCCCCGACCCGACUUUACUCAUCUCCAACGGGGAUUUAGUCAUCGUCGAGGCCGAUAGGGGUAGCGAUCUCGGUACAAUCGUGUGUGACCAGCUUACCCCGGUGGAAAUUAGGGAAUGGCAGGAAAGGCAGGCUACAAAGGCGUUGUUGAGCGGUGCGAGAGAGCAUCAGCCUCCGGGCAUGGCGGUAGGUGCUGCCGGCGGCGGAGGAGCUGGCGCCCAAGCCGACAGUGCUAGCGCCGGUGGGAUACUUGGGCAUACCCGUAACCCCUCCGCUUCCGCCGGUCCCGGCCAACCGCAACAACAACACGCACAGCAGCAGCAGACUCAAUCUCCUCAGCCAUUCUUGCAAGGUAUGGAACUCGCCUCCCUCGAUAUUGACUCGCUUUUGGCGGGUGUAGGUCCCGGUGGCCAGAUGGAAGUUGUAGGGACCGCAGUAAGAGGUCCGUUGGCAAAGGAGAUUAUGCCAAAGAGGAUUUUUGCAAAGAGCAGUCAAGGAGCGGAGGAGCAGCAGAGGAUGAGAGAGAAGAUCCAGGAUGAGUAUGAUGCGAUGAUGAUUUGCAGAGAAAAGGUCGCACAGAGGGGCUUGCCGAUGCAAAUUGUCGAUGCAGAGUAUCAGUGGGAUCGACGCAAACUCACCUUUUACUUCAAGGCGGACAAGCGUGUUGAUUUUAGGGAUCUUACCAAAGAGAACUUUAGGAUUUUCAAAUCGAGAAUCUGGAUGAGUAUGGUAUCCAAAGAUGAUCCACGAUCAUAAAAUGUACUAUUGAAUCAUCUAUCGUAACAAUCACAGACGUCAAAUAAAUCGGAGCAGAAGUAGAAACAAAUUAUUAAAAAAUACUACAAAGGGGAAGGCAGGCUGGAUUGAAAGAUCAAAUGUCCAUGUAUUUAGAGGUUUAACUUUUUAGUAAUUCUCGUAACCAGACUUCCCUAUUUUCCUUUCCUUAUAUAUAUAUAUAUAUAUACAACUAAUCUCUUACAACUUUUGCUAGGAUUGAUUAUUGAGGGAGGUUUUUAUCGGUGAUCAAAUGUGUACAAAUACAUACUAGUAAUGUGGUUAGAAAAGUGCAUGGAGAAAGAAGACUAGUAGACUACAAGAAAUCUAUGUAUUAUCAUCCUCC